AUGUAUUUGGGAUGUCUUGAGGACAUCCAUAAAACUGCCUACCAAAACUACGACAAAGACCGUAAUCGUUUCCAUUGUAAUAAUUUGGCGUCGGCUCAUGUUGACGUGUUUGGUGAAAACCAAGUUCUUUUGAACGAUGGAACAAAUUUUUUCAAUACUACUGCAGACUAUUUUUUAGUAUGCUUAAGUAGCACAAGGUAUAUUAUUGAGAAAGUUAAGAGAGGUAACAGACCUGCUUCUGAGGCUGAGGCUGCCGAGAUCUUUUUUUUCAAGUGUUUUAAUGUAUUCUAUCUUGAUAUUUCAUCCAUUAAAACUUGUUCCGGUACUUUCCUUUAA